CAGAACAACCAAAUGCUUGAACCCUACGCUAUUCAUUUCACCCCUCGAUAAACUAAUGGUUGCCUCCGCAGAGAGAGAGGGUAGAGAGGUUCCUGUAGCUUCUCUGGAUUCGCCGUGACGCGCAGGCUUCCUCUGUGUUUGUGUGCUUACUUGGAUACAGGAGAACCGUGGAGUCCACAUAAAAAGGACUGACUGUCCGGGACACAUCUGGAAGAUAAAGGCACACUAUGGAUGAAGAGGAGCAGUUUGUUAACAUUGAUCUGAAUGAUGACAAUAUCUGCAGCGUCUGUAAGUUAGAGACGGACACGGGGACCUUAUCUUUCUGCCACGUGUGCUUUGAACUCAGCAUUGAAGGUGUCUCCUCUGCUACCUUGUUGCACUCAAAGUCCCUGCGAGGCCACAGAGACUGCUUUGAGAAAUGUCAUCUCAUUGCCAACCAGAAGCUGUCACGUUCCAAGGUCUCCCGAAGUGCCUACGAGGGCAUGAAGCUGGCCCUCAGCCAGAAACUGAACCGCAUCAUUCAGUACGCCCAGAACAAAGACUCCGUCUCUCCCAUUGGCCCCAGCAGGCGGGGGGCCAAGCUUCUGUGUUAUAGCCAGCAAAGUGACCGCAAGCUGCUCCCCCAGUCAGAUGCCCAGGUGCCUCGCUAUACACCCCGCUGGGACACGGGCAGAUCAGCAGGGCCGACUGACUACACGAUGGGUAUGCUGGAGUGCCACACGGCAGAGGAGCUAGGACUGCUCCAAGAGUCACAUUCUGACAUUUGGUCCAAUGACAGCAGGAGAGGUCUUCACAGCCGGAAGCAGCCAUCAGGAGGGGGACAGAUGCAGCACACACACCAGAGCCACAGUAGAGAAGAAUUGACUAAAAUGAGUGUGGAUGAGCUCCAUCAGCUGAAUGCUCAGCUACUCCUGCAGAUUCAAAAGGUCUUCGAGGAGCUGACAGUUGCCGUGCAGGAGAAAGACUCGCUGGCGUCUGAGCUGCACGUGCGUCACAUCGCCAUUGAGCAGCUCUUUAAAAACUGCGCCAAGCUUCCCUGGCUGCACAUUAGCAGGGCCGGGGUCAAGGCCAGCAGCAGCAGCGGCACUGUGGAGUGAGGUGCUGGGAGACAGCAGCAGGGCAGUAAGGUGUUGCUUCUGCCGCCGCUGCUGGGAGGAAACAGAUGAACACUUCAGACUGCAGAAUGCAGAACAUGCAUCCUGGGGGACACUAGAGCAACAUUAAAGGGCUGGACUGACUCGGUCUUCGUUUUCAUGGUUGGAGUGAUGAUGCAAGGUUUAUUGGUGGUUUGGCAAAUACAUCUCUGGUCUGGCAUGUGACCUGAAUUCCAGCCAACCCGGGUACACAUGACAUUACCAGCAGGUAAAAAAGGACACAGAGGUUCCUGGGACUGGAUGAGGAUGUGUUCUUAAUGGAUGAGAUGCUUUUUAUUUCAAAGAUUUAUUGUGAUACAGACUGAAAGGUUUUAAAAUUUUACAAACAUAUUUAAUGUUAUUAGUUUUGUUCAUAUUUUUGUUUCAGUUUUCUGCCACAUUUCAGUUUUCAUUGUUCCACCUCAUUUAGUAUAGAUUAUUUUUAACUAUUUUCCUCCACGUUGUGUCUGUCAGACAGGACUUUUCAAAUAUGGAUUCUGAGGGUUUUCUGUGGAAACUGAUGAGUUUGACCCUGGUUAGGUUUUUUGAGGUUGUAAAAUGGACAAUAACCAUCAUAGUCAUACAGUCAGGCACUGCCAGCAGUAUUGAUUGAUUUCUUUUGUCAUGCAAAGCUCUGACAAGUUAGAACAGCCAUGCACUGACAGUAUUAUGGCUUGAAAUAUCCAUUUUAAAGUUGAUUACAAAGCACUUCAUUUUGACAGGACUGUGACUAUAAAUGGUUGCACCUGCUGGAAAAGUCUGCUUAGCAAACAGUCAUAUCCAUUAACUACAUGCCACAUUUAUUCCAAAUAUAGCAUUUUGAAAAACAGUUACGAGUAAUUUAUCUUCUGUAAAACUGCACGAUAACAGCAAAAGCAUCACUGCAUAGAAGACGAAACCGAGUAUCUGAAAUCCCCAAAGAUGAAAGUUAAACUCUAGCUUAAAGUGACCGUUAUUAGUUUAAUUCAACUUCUGAGUUUAUUGGAAUUAUUGUUGCUGUUGGGAUUUAGUUGAUAUAUAUAUAUAUAUAUAAUACAAAGCUGUUUUUGACCUGUGUAGCUGUCACACAUGUCACAUGAGAGGCUACGCACUGAAUGAGCACUAUAAGGAGAGGAAGUGAACAGGCUGCCAAACCAAAGUUUCUAUGUGUUCUGUUUCAUGCGUGAACUGCAAACAUUUGAUUUUUGAUUCCGUGAUCAGUUUUUGAAAUGAUUUGUUCCUGCGUAUACUCGCUGUAUGCUUUCUCAUUUAUGUUAUUUAUCUUUUAUAUUCAGUGUUACCUUGUCUUGCCCUCUCUCCUGUGUUGAUGUGUAAGAGCUAAGCUGAUGUCAUAGCAACACAUAUAGGAUAGUUUGGUCUACUGUGCCUCUGCGAGUCCCUGAUUCUUUUUUUUUUAAACUAGGGAGACAACGAGAGAUGCAGAGAGUUUUUGAUUAGUGUGUUAUUUAGGACCCUAUGCAAGAAAGAGACAAAUAAAUGAGAAGCCUUAUAAAGUACAAAAUAUCUUAGUGUUGGUUAUCUGUUUUUCAGAGGAGAUCACAGAACUACUCAUAUAUAAUAAGCUGGGGGGAGGACGAGGUUAGACUAAUGUUUAGAAAAACUCAGCAUUGUAUCUGUUUUGGUUUCUCUUUGUAAGAGAUUAAAUGUGCUUGGCCCAUUUUUGGGGUUUAAAAGAUUUUAUCUCAAUUUUAAAUUUUAGUCUUGGUUUUGUAAUUGUAUUCAUAGUGCUUGAGCGUGUGACUAUUUAGAUUACUGGUCCUAAUUCUCGGUCUUUUAAGUCUUCGGUUGUGUGUUUUUAUGUGUGUUUUGCUUCUGAAUGCUGUUUAUUUUUGUGCACUGUGGAAACAUGCCUGGGCCUGUGCCCCUGCUCAGCAGGAAACUCUGGCUGCCUGAUUCUGGUCUUCUUUUGGUGGUUUGAUGAUCUUCAACUGGGGAUGUAAACAUACCUGUUACACUUCAACCCCCUUUAUUUAGCCUCGACUGUUCAUUUGUUUUCUGAUUUUGAACAUGUCUGCAUUUGUGGUAUAUUUGUGAACUUUAUCUUCUAUUUAUUGUGUGCAUUUCAUGAAUCUUAUACAGGUUAAGUGGGUUGUGCUUAAGUGACCAUUUGUAUAUUUUGUUUUUGCAAAAUAAAAUAAAAAUUAUUUUUACUACA